GAUGCCUGUUGGCGUCCUGUAUACUCGGCUCGAAUGCCCAUCCGCUGAUGCGUCGAAGAGCGGAGCCUGGACCAAAGUCAGCCCCUAGUGUCAAGAUCAGAAGACAUACCCGACCUGGUAUCGCGGGAUCUGGAGAAACGAGCCAGGACCCCAGUCAAAGCGGCACCAAAAUCGGCACCUGUCCCAGCGAAAAAGGUGUCCACUCCCAAGGCCGCUCCCAAGGCUGCUCCCAAAGCUGCUCCCAAAGUCGCCCCAAAGCCGCUCCCAAAGCCGUUCCCAAAGCUGUCCCCAAAUCUGCUGCUAAAAAUGCGGGUGUGACUCGAAAGGCAGCUCCGAAACCUGCUUCCAACCAGGCUGCUAAAAAGAAUACACCUCAGAGAAAAGCGCCCGCCUCAAAAGCUGUGGGAACUAAGAAGGCUCCAGGCAAGGCACCUGCUAAGGUGAAUAGGCCUGCACAAAACUCUCGCAAACCCCUUUCGAAUAAAGCUAAAUCGAACAUGGCUUCCAAGAAUCGCAAGGUGAAUGGAGCGAAGUCCGGCAAGAAUGUGGGACCGAAGCCUCGCAAGACAUCCGCAACCAAGUCCAAGGUCAACAAGAGCACCCCAUCCAGGUCCACCAGGAAGCCUACCUCCAAAACGAGAAAUCAAGUCGCAUCCAAGUCCAAAGCCAAGCCUUCUAAAGCACCCAAGUCUAAAUCUCAACAAAGCGCUACGUCCAAGGUCAUGAAAGGAAACGAUUCCAAGGCCCGCAAGAACACUAUAUCCAAGUCCAAGACUAGCAAGAAGAACGUACCCAAGUCUCGCACGGCGCCUGGCUCCAAGAAUGGCAAAAAGGUUGUGUCGAAAGGCAAAGCCAAGUCCACCAAAGCAAUAAAGACCAAACCCAUCAAAGGAGUCCCAUCGAAGGCUC